GCAGUUAUUGGGUGUUUAUGUUUAAUACUUUUUAUUAAUUUUCGGAAAGGAUUCAUUCUCUCAAACAGGAUCUGAUGAUACAAUUACGGUUCACUGUUGAGCAAAUGCAGACACGAAACAAAACCAGGAUCAGUAAAGCUGAGGACUGUGCCUGGAUGCGCGGAUGCCGAGAGAGGCCGGGAUUCCGCGCAGCCUUCGGGGUUGUUCCGGCUCCCCCCGGCAGGGGGCGCCCCGACGGACUCGAGGGGGCGGAGACCUCGAGGGGGCGGGACUGCCAGAACCCCCUCCCUCUGGCGCAGCCAUGCCGGGGCCGCGGAAGCGGCUUCCUCGCGAGCAGGAGGCGGAGGCAGCGGCAGACGCGACCCUGGCCAAGGCGCCCUCCCCGCCCCGCCUGGGCGCCGCCUUCUUCGACCAGCCGUGCGUCCGCCUGGCCAGGGCGCUGCUCGGACAGAUCUUGGUCCGGAGGCUUCCAGAUGGGAGAGCGCUCCGGGGGCGCAUUGUGGAAACGGAGGCCUACCUGGGAGGAGAGGACACCGCCUCCCACUCCAGGGGCGGGCGGCAGACUGCCAGGAACACGGCUAUGUUCAUGGCGCCGGGCACUCUGUAUGUGUACCAGAUCUAUGGGAUCUACUUCUGCAUGAACAUCUCCAGCCAAGGGGAGGGGGCGGCCGUCCUGCUGCGCUCCUUGGAGCCCCUGCAGGGCCUGGAGGCGAUGAGAGAGCUGCGCCUGGCUCAGCGGAAAGGGGCCACCCGCUCCCUCAAGGACCGGCACCUGUGCAACGGGCCUUCCAAGCUCUGCCAGGCCCUGGCUGUGGACAAGACCUUCGACCAGCAGGACCUGGCCUGCCAUCCGGCUGUGUGGCUGGAGCCCGGCCUGGACGUGCCCAGGGAGGAAGACGUCAUCUCCGCUCCCCGCAUUGGCAUCAGCGGCGAGUGGGCACAGCAGCCCCUGCGCUUCUACGUGUGGGGCAACCCGUGCGUGAGCGUGACGGACAAGGCGGCCGAGGGGGCCAGAGGCAGCCAGCCGCCAGCGGAGGCCUCUCCCUGCUGCUGAUGCCCAGGAACCGGGGGGUCAGGAGGCUUCCCAGGAUGGGGAGAAUAACAGGGAAGGCCGGGACUUUUUCAGCCUUGUGCAUUUAUUUAUUUCCAAAAUAAAAUAGAUUGUUUUGCUUUGA